UCUACUUCAUUCAGUCGGCAAAACAUGUCUUCUCAGAUGAGAAACGAUACUUCGAAUUUUUUACACAAAAUUUACGCAAAUGAUCCCGUUCUGUUCAAAAAUUACGUUAACAAACGCCUAAGUAUCACAACAAUCGAUGGACGUGUGCACACUGGUAUUGUUUACACAGUGGAUCCUGCAUCCGAGAGCAUUGUCAUCAUGGAACCUUUAGAGGGUGAGAAAACAAUGAAUAUAAAAAUCAUCAUGAGGCUAGCUGUCAAAUCCGUGGAGUGUUCUCACGACACUGAACUUGUGUUGCCGGAAAUUUUUUCUCCGAGAAAAAACUGAUAAGUAAUUAAGUUUGUGGCAAGAAAUACUUAAAAUUACAAUCACCAAAUAAAAGGCUGUGCUGUUAAUGAAGGACACCAUAGAAUCAUUGGUUUGUUUCAUUCAACUUCAGUAUUUAACACAGGAUGCAAAGACUUCUUCCCAGCAUUUCAAUGUAAGGAAUUUUUAGGAUGAGUUGAAAUGUACUACUACUACUAAUAAUAAUAAUAAUCAUAAUAACAUACAC